GCAAGGCACAAGUCCUGCGAGAAAACUUCCAUUCUGACACUGAUUGCGCGAAUUUAGCUGAGGGAUAAGUACCUACCUCUGCCAACCUCAGAAUAACAAGCUUGAAUUGCAUUCUUGUAUGGCCUGGGAGUGGAAUGCUUCUUGUGUGGCUUGUUUGAGUUAGUCGUUCUUUGUUCUAGGGUUUUGGGUCGAUUCGGUCAUGGCGAGGGGAAAGUUUGCAAGGUCACAGGGCAAGAAAUGGUCUAUCUUCACCCUGGUUUUCUUCAUGCUUUUCAUGCUCUCCACUGUCCUUCUCAUGCUACUCGCUCUCGGAAUCGUUUCUCUUCCGAUCACUGACGAUUCUCUGCCUACUGACCUCAGUGCUUUCAGGCGCAAGAUCUCUGAAAGAGGUGACGGCUUGGGAGAAAGAGGGCAGCAGUGGACUGAAGUUCUCUCAUGGGAGCCUAGAGCUUUCAUUUAUCACAAUUUCCUGUCAAAAGAAGAAUGUGAAUACCUGAUUAGUCUUGCCAAACCUUUUAUGGCAAAAUCAACUGUUGUUGAUAGCCAAACCGGUCAGAGUAAAGACAGCAGGGUGCGGACUAGUUCAGGAAUGUUUCUGAAGAGAGGACGGGAUAGAAUUAUCCGAAAUAUUGAAAAAAGAAUAGCUGACUUUACCUUCAUACCUGUAGAGAAUGGAGAAGGGCUUCAGGUUCUCCACUAUGAAGUUGGGCAGAAAUAUGAGCCUCACUAUGAUUACUUUCUCGAUGAGCUCAACACUAAGAAUGGUGGCCAACGUGUUGCUACUGUUCUUAUGUAUCUGUCAGAUGUUGAAGAAGGUGGUGAGACUGUCUUUCCUGCUGCCAAGGCUAAUUUUAGUUCUGUCCCUUGGUGGAAUGAAUUGUCUGAAUGCGGUAAAAAGGGUCUCUCUGUAAAACCCAAAAUGGGUGAUGCCCUGCUCUUCUGGAGCAUGAGACCACAUGCGUCACUUGAUCCUGCAAGUUUACAUGGUGGUUGUCCCGUUAUUAGUGGAAACAAGUGGUCUUCAACGAAAUGGCUGCAUCUGGAGGAGUACAAGGUGUAAGACAUUACCUGUACAGGAUUAACAUAUUUUACUUGCCGGACUGGCUAUUGACAUUUUCGUCUUCUGAGGUGCUUCCGUGUUCGUUUUCACCUGUACAGAAGAAAAAUAAUGCUUGGGGAUUACUGUGCCUGGUAUGAUCUUGGCGUUGUCGUUUGCCCCUUGGAGCAGACAAUGAGGGCUUUUUAGCACCGAGUUUUGUGAGUUAUAUUUGAGUGAGUGUAAAUCAAACUGCAGAGUAAUACAUUGGUGUCAUUUUUCCUAUGGUGCGAGAUUUUUAUCUUUAAACCUAGGAUAUGAUUACCCUUGCAAACCGCCUGAAAGCACGCGUGAAUAAGUUAUAAAAUCCUAAACCAGCCUGUCAAUGGUUUUGCCAUAUUUUUCGAACAAUA